AUGAAGAAGCAUGUAGUAGUUAAUGUUAAAGAAAAAGCACGGGAAGUCUUCAACAGGCGUAAACAGAGGAGGUUAGAAGUGUUGAAGGGGGAACGAGAACAAAUGGAAAGAGGACAACAAAUCAGGAGGGAGAAGGAGGAAAGACUGCUGGAGAUGGAAAGAAAACAGGAGAGGGCAAGACGACAAGAGGAGCAGGAUAAAAAACGAGAGAUUGAAAUUGCUAGACAGAAAGAAAGGUUCAGACUAAGAGAGGAGGAGAGGCAGAGAGAGGAGGAGAGAGAGGAGGAGAGAGAGGAGGAGAAGAACCCUGAAGAGGAGGAGGAGAAUGAAGAUGACAAGGAGGAUCUUGUCCCAGCCGAUAAAAGUAUCCGAAGGAGAGCUGUGGGCUGGGUGAAUAAGAAGUGGGAGAAGAGGAACCUCAGAAAGAUAGAGAGAACAUAUCAGAGAGAGAAGGAGGAGGGCCAUAAGAUCAUCAACGUUGGUAAGACCUGUUUUCCCUCUGCUUAUGACAUCAUCAUCAUCAUCAUCUUUAGUCUCUUCUACACACACAUAAGUUCCACACCAGUCAUCAUGUUGCAUCAUUGUUUCAAUAUAAACUACUGACCCAAAAUGGACAAGCUGAUCUUGUAUCAACUUAAAUGUAAUGUACACAGGGAAUGUAGAAUUGAAAACCCAACUGGAUCUCAAUGACCCUGGUAAAAAGUAGUGCACCAUUGCCUUUUGGGGGCCCUAAGCAACAUUUUGUUUAGGUUUUUGAGUACAUUUCCUCCAAAUAUACACUUUGCAAUGGGAAGAGAAAAUAUUGCAGUUUUUAAACAAGUUUGUUGCAAUUCUACCAUGGGGUGGAGAGAAGAUUUUACAAUUAUAGAAAACAUUUCAUGCAAUUUUACACAUUUUGCCAUGGGGUGGAGAGAAGAAUUUGCAGUUUUAAAGAUAAUUUCCUGCAGUUCUAAACAUUUUGCCAUGGGGUUGAGUGAAAACUGCAGUUUGAAAGCUAAUUUCCUUAAAUUCUACACAUUUUGCCAUGGGGUUGAAAGAAAAUGUUGCAGUUUUAAAGCUAAUUACUGGUAGUUCUGCACAUUUUGCCAUGGGAUGGAGAUAAAUGUUUUCAGUUUUGAAGCUAAUUUCCUGCAAUUCUACACAUUUUGCCAUGACUAAUGCCAUGUUAAGAUGAUAUCUGAAUGAGAGUGACUAACAAAAUCAAUGGGGGCUCACUGCAGGUCAAGGCCCCUGGGCACGUGCCCUUCGUGCCUGGUCCGUAAUUCGAUCAUGAUUACUACAAGUUAGCUGGCUAGACUAACUUACCAAUCUAAAAUAUGUUAGCUAACAUGGCUAAUUGAGUGACUGACUGACAUACAAGAAAAAUACUGCUGAUUUAACAACCAAGUUUAGAAAUUGUACCUGGUGUCAUUUACUAUUCUAACUCUCAAGAGUUAUUUGAGACCCCGAAAGAGUUCCUAAAAAAGACAAAAAAAAAUAUGUAAAUGACUUGCUUUGACGGGGGGGGGGGGGGGGGGGGGGGGGGGUCUAGUGGCCAUGGGGCCCUAAGCGAUCGUAUAUGCCUAGGGCCGGCCCUGGCACUAUAUAAGGAAUAGGUGCCAUUUGGGACUCAUGUUAAACUUAGGGUCAGGUCAAUUCAGGACGGGAAUUAUUGCACUUUAUUGACAAAUACCAUGCCUUGCUCAAUUGAAAUGAGUAUAGAAUCAUUGAGAUCCAAUUGGGGGUUCUGUUCUUAAUUCCCUGUGUCCAUUGCAUAUAAGUUGAUACCUGAUCCCCUAAGUUGAAUGUGAACUCUGCUUCUUCUCCCCUCCCAGUCAUCCCUGGACACAUAGUGAUAACAACCCACAUCACCCGGGCCGAGAGAGAGAGGGAGAAGAGGAAGGAGCUCCUGAAGGAUGAGGAGAUAAGGAAGAAGCUGGAGGAUUAUAAUAAGCAGUGGAGAGCCCAGUCCCUGCUUAGAAAACAACAUAAACGUGAAGAGGAGAGGGAGAGGAUGAAGGAACAGUCCCUAAAUGAAAAGCAGGAGAAAUGGCUGGAGCAGAUGAAUCUGGAUGAUGCUCAAAUCAAGAAGUGCAGCACCCAGUACAUCACCCGCUGUCCAACCAAGAGCUUAAGCCAAGAGCCCAUUGGAUCUGGAGAAGGCCAGCAGGAGAGGCCAAGGAGGCAACAGGCAUGGGCAGAGAACCAGCAGGGGGGGCCAGAGAACCAGCAGGGGGGGGCCAGAGAGCCAGCAGUUAAAGGCUCAAGAAGAGGCUGA